GGCCGAGAGGUGUGUCCCUGUCCGGGACAGGUCGAGGGUGGUGUGUCCCCGCCGGGGACAUAUACGGGGUGUCCCAACUGGGACAGGUGUGUGUCCCGUCCGGAACAGGUGAAUGUAGGGCGGGUGCGUCUCACAUAGAGGAAGGACGGACAAGUGAGCGAGGAGUGGAGAACGAGUGAAAGGCGAAAUUCGCGGAGUGAGUCCAGUGGUGGAGAGGUGACCGGAGCAUAAAUGGAAAAAUCGGACCUUGUGCGACUAACUGCAUGGCUGAUCUCGGUGAUUGUGUUGGUCGCUGGCGAGGAUGAAGAUGUGGAAGACCUCUUCGGUCUGGACUACUCCCAGAUCAGAGCUCCGAAAGGCAUCGGCGGUGGCCCGGUGCUUGUACAGAUUGGCAUUCAUUUCCUGAACGUGAAGGUCGACGAAGAUUCGCAGACUCUUCAGUUUGAUUGUUAUUUGCGCACAGUGUGGCAGGACCAGCGAAUAAUUGUCCCACACAAUGCGAGUGAAGUUCAGCUGGACACUGCCAUAGUCUCCCGUCUCUGGGUGCCAAACACGUUCUUCGUUCACGUCCAGAGCGUCACGCGUCCUAUGCUGCUCUCCGACGCCUCAGGCAUCAUUCUUUAUCAAAACAAAACCGUCUCGCACUCGAGUCUCUACCUGACGAAGUAUACCUGCAACUUGGACUAUCACAAGUACCCGAUGGAUACUCAGAGAUGUGUGGUUCGAAUACAGAGCUAUGGAUACACAAACAUAUCAAUGAUACUCGGCUGGCAUUUCACCGGCAUUUCUUGGGACAAAGACAUCCGAAUGAGAAGCUUCGAGCUAGUAGAUAUGCGUACACUGGAGCCAUCGUUUAUAACAUUUUUCGACGGCAGCUACUCAGAGUUGAGUUUCGAGGUGCUGCUGGCGCGCAAGGUACGCAACUCCGUCCUCUCCGUGUACGUGCCAAGCACGAUGCUCAUCAUAGUCAGCUGGCUAUCACUCUGGGUGCCCCCGAAGCUGGUGCCGGGCAGAAUGGUGCUUGCCAUCACCACACUGCUGACGCUGACAGGACUGUUCAACGCUAACGUCAGCCAGAGUAUGCCCGAGGUGAGCUACGUCAAGGCGCUGGACGUAUGGAUUCUGGCCUGCAUCGUCUUCGUCUUCGGCACCAUCGUGGAGUACAUCGUCGUCCUCAGACUCUUUUAUGACGGCGACCAGACGGCGCCGUCUCCCGACAAAAGAGCGCAGGAAGUGAGCUGGACAGAGUGUCGGAAGUGGAACGGAGUCGAGAAGGCCGUGGUGCUGGAGAAGGUCUCCCGCGCUCUCUCUCCAGUCAUGUUCCUCAUUUUCAACGUCGUCUACUGGGGAUAUUACCUGACUACGGAUUAAUAUCAGAUCGGCGCGGCUCAGCGAUCGAUCAGGUUGUGUUCGGUGCCCCUGGCGGCGGACGCUGAAACCGUACCUCCGCGCGCACCUGAGCUAGAUCAUCCGGUGCGUAAUUGAUGAGUGGUGCUGCUUUGCUCCCUGUGAAGAUCGCCGGUGCUGCUUUCAUUUUUAGCGUAUGUGCUAAUAGUUGGUGUCGUAAGAUUUUCUCGCACAUGAGCGUACCGUAAGGUGGGGCUAUUUGAGACAGUGGGGCUAUUU